CGUUAUUGGACCACGGGAAUAGCCAUGAAGAAAACAAACAGUACAACCAGAACAACAGUAGGAGUAUUAAUCAGCAUUCGAAAAAAGUGGCAACGGCUAGUUUCGGAACAGCGUUCUUCCCCGCAGCUUAAACGAACGGUCACAUUACCUUUCGCACCUAAUUCCCAAUCAAUUCCCUUAUAAAAACUCCACACCUCUCCCCAAGAAACAUCUCUCUCUCUCUCUCUCUCUCUCUCUCUCUCUCUCUCUCUCUCUCUCUGGUAUUCAAAGAAAUCUAAUGGAGACCCCAUCAUCUACAAGAAGACUCACAAGAUCCCAAAUCUUGGCUACUUCAAACAGCAACACCAUCAACAACGGCAUACCCAUGUCAAGGAAAAAUGGAGAAUCUGAAAAGGGGAAUUCAAAAUCAAGACCAAGAAUAGGGAACCAACAAGAUCGAUCUGCUCUCAUCGAUAUAAGCAACGAUUCGCCGAUUGUUGGGCUUGCAGUUGGAAGAUUGGUUGAAACCCCAUUGUCGGAAACAUCGAAAAUGAGGAACAGCAAGCAAGCAAAGGACCCCAUCAAGACUCCUGGUUCAGGGGAGGCUCUUCUGAGGGGUCAAGUCAAGACCCUUUUGCAAAAAGUGGAGGAAGAGGCUGAGCUUUCGAAACUCUCGUCGGAACACAAACCUUUCUCUCACCUCAAAGGCUGCUUUGUCAACUCUCCGACGGGGCUUCUUGCCCCUACUCCGGCCAAUACACCCCUUGUUCUGAACCUCUAUGACAAUAAAGGCUUCAAAAACAGUUGUUUGGCUUUGGUCACUCCUUCACCUGUGCAAGAACAGUUGAUGACUUCUCAGAUGGUGACUGAACUGCUGGAAGGAACAAAACAAGAGGGUCCUGUAUGUGAGAAUAGCUCGAUAACUAGGUCGUUGCUCUUGGACUUCACAGAGAAAUUAGAGGGUUCUGAUCCAUCAGGGUGUCCCUCUGUGCUGACAAAUAUUGGAGGAGAGAGUGAAGGCAAAGAGAAGACGUCUAGAAUGGAGGAGGAGGAUGCUGCUUCUGUUUGGUCUGUUCAGGUUAAUGCGAGUUCCAAAGACGAUGAAGAAGAAGAUGAAGACAGCAUUGAAGAAAUUGAAGAAGAUGAUGAUUAUGCAGAAGAGGAUGGAGGGUUUGUUGAUGAGUUGUGUAAAUGGAUGAGCAAUAUCAGUGUGCGUGAAUGGAAGUUGAUUCCCAAAUUCAGUGGAAAGCAUACCCGAUUCGUAUACAAUAGGAGUGAUGAGAUUGAAGGAGAAGAAGUGUCUGGUGGCGGCGGUGAAAGUGAAGCAUCAUUUGCUGUUUCGACUGGUAUUGUGCGCUUGAAGGGCUUGCCAACACCAGAGGGGAAGCACUUCCGAUUUCAUGAAGAGGAGGAAGAAGAAGAUAACUGAGUGCAUUGAGAAUCUUAUUCCCAUGACACCAUUUCUGAGGAUGUUUUGUUUCUUAGUUCAUGUUUUUGACCAAUUCCCUCCUUGACUUCCAAGGAGGAUUGGCUUGUUUUGACCAAUUCCCUCCUUGACUUCCAAGGAGGAUUGGCUUGUUUUGAGAGCAUGUAAGCGACGAAGCCAUCUGUGUGAAAUUCAAAAAAUGCCCUUAUAUGUAUGCAGUUAUUGUGUAGGGUUGGAUUGUGUUUUGGAGGGUGGUAUGGUAGAUUCGUAGGCUUUGGGUGGUGGCUCCCGCAGAUUUGGGUGUCCAGAUUGUGGUUAUUUAUUUUUUACUUUAAUGGAUUUUUAGACUUUCUAUGUUUUCCUUCUA